AUGCAAUUCUCAGCAGUCCUCGUCGCCUUCUUGACUUCGGCUCCAUUGUUGGUUUCUAUUACUCCUCCUAAGCUGAGCUACAGACUAAUGCCCCUUGUUAGUGCCAUGGCCGAUCUGCAUAAAGAGCUCAUGUGCAUCAACUACGUAGCCGGCCCUGAUCCUGUUGCCAAGCACAACGACGCCACGAAGUCUGCUUGUGCAGCUUACAAAGCACGUGACCCAGGAAUCAACAAGUGGGAGUCUUGCCCAGACUGCGCGGUUGAAGAACGAUAUGAAGUUGCAAUCUGUACGAGUGAUGCCGGUCAUUUAGGAGGCGAUGAGUUCGAGGCGUACUGCCAAGAAUUCGGAGCCGCUGCAUCUAUGCACGUGCCUAAUUAUUUGUAA